AUGAUGGAAAUGAGGUUGUCCGCGGCGAAUAUCCGACCUGACAACGAUGGAUGGGAUCCUGUUAAGGGCGACUACUACAAGCAAUAUUCUUCUUUGAUCUCCGAUCCACAACUGAGAGCCAAAGCAGAGGAACAAAUGCAACGGAUCGUGCUGCAGGCUGAAGAAUCAAGGAGGGCUCGAGAAUUACAGAGGUCACAAGAGAUAGUCAAGGCUCAGCAAGCUUCGAGGGAGCAGAGCCGACAUCCAGCGAAGGCAGCCAAGCUGGUCGACUACCAGGAGCAAAUGCGACUUUUAGGAGAACAAGAAAAAAUGCGUAUAAUCAAAAGAUAG